AUGGUGAGAAACAUUGCACUCUCUGAAGUUGAAGAACAUGGUCCAAAUCAUCAAGAUCCUUGGAUUAUUAUCUCGGGAAAGGUUGUAGCCUUUGGAACGUAUAAGGAUGAACAUCCGGGUGGUGAAGAUGUCAUUCUCGAAUGGGCUGGUAAGGAUGGCACAAAGGCCUUCAAUGAUGCUGGUCAUGGAAGUAGUGCUAAGAGUGACAUGCAAAAGUAUAUAGUUGGAGAGUUUGAGGGUGCAUCCGAUGUUGCUGCAGCCUCAUCAGAGACUGCUCCUCAGGAAGGUGAAAAGAAGGAAUGUUCCAUUCAAUAA